AUUCUUUCACGAGAAAGUUGACGUACUUAACAAUAAAUCCAGAAUACAUAGAGAAAUAGAAAAAUCAUACAAUCUUGACUAUAUUUUAAAAAGGAAAUGCAAUAAUAUAAUAUUUUGUUAUACUAUAAUGAAAAUGCCGCCCAUUGUGAAAACUACUUUACGCAAAUUGAAAUUUAUCUGCCACAAUCUUAGCCAGAUAAAUAAAUCGGAAAAAAUAAAAGCCCUCAGAAAACGCUAUGACGCUUUUUUAGAAGAAGAUAAAAAACGUAAAGAAAGAAAUGAUUACAUCUUGGAGAGAUUGGAAAAAAUGCGAUCCUGUAUAACGUUAGUCCAAGUGCGAUGUAAGGGAUAUUCCAAAGACAGUUGCGACUAUCAGGGAGGUGUUAUUAAAAGGGCUAUAGACGGACCCCGUCACAUGUACGCGAAAUCGGAUAAUCAAAAAAGGGAUGAGCUGAAUAUUUUGAAAGAAAUCAGCCAGAAAUAUAUUUUGAUACCGAAAGGCGCCACGAAUGAUCCUAAAAAUAACUAUGAUAGGGUGAUUCCGGGUGAUCCUGGUCUCGUACAAAGCCCUUCCAAUGAUAUGGAUUGGAAAAGUAAAUACAGUAUUUUAGACGAAUUAAAAAGACAAGAAAAGGGUGAGAAUUCUAAAGCAACAGCUGACAAGCGACAUGGUGAUAAUGAUUUACACGAUGACGUUAAAAACAAAAACUAUAUUUUAGAAGAUAGUAAUUUAAAAACAAACUAUCAAAACGAGAAUUCUGAUAACAGAGACCUCUUGCCUAAUAAACUAGACGAUGGACAUGAUUUAAAUACAGUUAACAGACCAAAUAGAGAAGAGAGAAACAAUUAUAGAAAUAAAGAAAAGGAACCUAAAAAUAGUGAAGAUUUAAACAUUGAAGCAACAUCUGCUUUAAGCGCGGAGCAAGAUGAAAUACCUUUGGAUAAAAAUAACGAUCAAGAAGCCAAAUCAAAGUUAAAUGAUUUGCUACCACAAAACUACCAAGUGGAAGUGAAACAAGAUCAAAUAUAUUAUGACAGCAAUUUAAAAGAGGAAAAAGAUUUAAAAAACAAUCUUUAUGAAAAAUUAACAGAAGAACAGCAACCAACUGCAGUCUGCAAGGAUAAAUACUUACCUGAAGAGAAGAAUGUUACAGAAGUUGAAAAAAUGUCUCCAGAAAACAUUGCUCAAACCGCUUCAGACUUACCAUCUGUUGUAAGCAAUGAAACUGUGAAUGUAGUAGCUAAAGAAGAUAUUCCACUCUCAUAUUCAAAUAGUCCAGAGCAAAUAAAAAAUGAUAACUUGGUCAUAGCAAAAACAGCUGAAGUUAAACCUACUUUAAGAGAAGAACCAUCAACAGAUAUCAAAGAACACGAAUAUCAACAGCAGGAGUCGAACAUGAAGACAGAAGAAAACAUAGAACAGAAUGCAUCCUUGGAUGUGAAUAAUGAAUUUGAGACCGAACAAAGAGAAAUGUUCUAUGAGGAAACAGCUGGCGUAUACAAACAAGGGGAUACAACUGUAUAUCCAGAGGAAAAUGAAAAUUACGCAAAUCAAGAGUACUCCAACUACUACGAAGACAUACAAAAGGAACAAAUCUACCCUAUCGACAUAAACGAACACGAGGAAACGAUUGAACGUUACGAUCCCAAUUACGAAGAGCAAUAUGCCAAUAAUUAUGAUGGUACAGACGAAACAGAAUACCAGACGCAGGUGUAUGGCGUUGAUGAUACAUACAACCAGCAGGUGGCUUACGACCAACCUGGAGAUAACUAUCAAGAACAACAGAUCCAGAACUAUGAAGCUGGAGAUAAGGAAGCCGGCAAAGGCGAUCAAGCUGUUUACUACGAUAAUGCACAAACUAAAGAACCAUACGACAAUAAGCUUGGAGAUCAACCCGAGGCAGCUUAUACAGAAGGCUACGAAACACAAGAUUACGCCCUUGUGCAAGAAGCUCCGUCAAUAGACGCAAUAGGAGAACAACUGGAUUUAGAAGACAAGUACAUACAAAACCCCAACAAAUCAGUUGAAAACCAAGAUCACAAAAACGAUAUUGAGCAAACAUCCGAAGUGAAACAUCCCGAUGCUAAUGUCAUAUAACAUUCUGUAUUUUAUUAUUUUUUUUCACAAAAAGAUAUUUUUUCAUAUUUUUCUUUAUUCUAAACUAUAUAUGAUUUUGUUAAAAUUAUUUCAUGAUAUAAGCUUAAUGAAAGAUAA